AUGUGGUGGAGCUCGGAAAGCAGGCCGAGUGGAUGUGGUGGCAUCACGCAUGUGCGUGCGCUUUCUGGUGGUAGGCGAGUCUGCGCAGCGUCGUUAGGCGGUCAUCUUACGUUGCUGCGUCUAGACGCGUACAACGCAACUUCCGGCGCACAUGUCGACUGGCGAUUCAGCACUGCAUAUCGAAGAACACACAAACGUACCGGUUCCGCCGACUCAAUGCGUAGUGCCGGCGGUUUAGUAAACGAUACGACACGCGCACGUAUGAGUUUCUCCUACGAAGCGGAUCACAGCGACGGUGAAGAAGUGGUAUGCGUCCGAAUCGCGCAUUGCAGACCGCACCAGCAACCUAUCACAGAGAUGCAUUCGGAAGGUGGCCGCAUACUUACUGGCGGACAAGAUCACGUCGUUAAGGUGUUCUCAAGUUCUGAGUUAACUGCACUGUUCACACUUCAUGGACACUGCGGGCCCAUCACAAGCUGCUUCAUAGACCAUGCCACGCCUACGAUAGCUGGAAGCGGGUCACAAGAUGGCCUCCUCUGUGUGUGGGACCUACAUACCGGCGCAUGCUUGUACAGUAUGCAAGCUCAUGACGGUGCGGUGACGUCACUCACGUAUACGGCUUCGUACGUUGUGUCUGCGGGAGCGGACGAGCGACUUUGCAUUUGGGAUCGCUUUCAGGGACACAUGCUCAACUCCAUUCACAUUGGUCUAAAUUAUAUGAGUCGCAUGCUGCCUCUAACGCAUACGCUACUAGUGAUGGGCGACCGGAGUGGACUCAUUGCCUACGACCUCAGCAGUGGAGAUGUUAUACGACGGGUGUUACUGGGCCAAAGCGAUGGUUGCAUAUUCGUGCGUCAAAUACUACCGCUAAAAGAUGCGAUAGUGUGCGACUACGCAAACCAGCUCCGCAUUGUUCGGUUCCCGCUCGUGUCGAAGCUGUCGGACAUGAAGAAUGAAUAA